CCCGAGAUAGUGAGGGCGAGCGGACGGCGUCGUCGGAAGCUGAACUGAUACGACCCAAACAGAUCUCCGGGACGGGCCGGACGGCGGUCAGUGGCCUGUCAGCGGUGCUGUGAGACGCCAGUGGACGAGCUGAGCCUGGGAACAACCAUUUUACUCCUAGCGAAGACUGCUGAUAGUUUAAAAAGAGGGUUGUACUAAGACUGUUUUCUGUGCUCGGGUUGUUUGGCAUUUCUCUUUACUGUAAUCAUCUGUUCAACAUAAAGCUCAGGGUUCAGUGUUCCUAGAAACUUUGUCUGAGCACCCUUCACUAUGACCGCCAUGCUUCUUUUGACGCUGGCACUGCUAACGGUGUCUCCGCUAGCCACCUCGAAGAAGACAGACGACUCCUUCAAGGUGGUGUGGAACGUGCCCUCCUCAGAGUGCGCCAACUUCAACGUGACCAUCGACCCGGCACAGUACGGGUUCAUAGUCAACUCGGACGGCGCGUUCCGGGGAGACCGGAUCGUGCUGUUCUACAACCCCGGCCUGUAUCCUCAGAUCCUCUCCAACGGCACCCGGGUGAACGGCGGGCUUCCACAGCUGGGCGACCUGAGACUUCACCUAGACGCGUUCGCUGCUGAUGUGGACCGCUACAUUCCAGACGUCAACUUCAGCGGUCUGGCAGUGAUCGACUUCGAGGAGUGGACGCCGUGGUUCACCGAGUCACCUAUGAAGUACCGGCUCGCGUCACACCAGGCAGUGCGAGAUGAACACCCCGACUGGCCAGAAGAGAGAGUCGAUGAACAGGCCCGAGAAGACUGGGAGUGGUGGGCGCGUCUCUUCCUCGAGCAAACUCUCAGGGCGGCGGAGAAGGCGCGCCCUGCGGCGCUCUGGGGCUAUUACCAGUACCCCCUGUGCAAGAACCUGGAAGUUGAGAACGGAACGUGUCCAGGGAACGUUCGGGAGCAUAACGAUCAGCUGUCCUGGCUGUUUGGAGACAGCUUUGCGCUGUACCCCUCAAUCUACCUUUUCCUGAACAAUUUUACCAGCGAAAAUCGCCGAGACACUGUCAUCGGACGGCUGGUCGAGGCUCGGCGCCAAGCAGAGGGUCUUCCCAUUCUCCCGUACACAUGGUUCCAGUAUCACGACGACGAGAGCUACCUCUCGGACGAGGACCUCAUCAUCAUGCUCGGCGAGCCUGCUGCGCGUGGCUCGGCGGGCGCGGUCAUGUGGGGCUCGUCCUCCAACUGCGACACAGCGGCCCAGUGUAUUCGUUUGGAGGAGUACCUACGUGAUCACCUGGGACCCAUCGUGCAGACCCUGGUCGAACUGACGCCUGCCAAGCGAGACGCCUGGCGACAGCUGCUGGAGCAGCCGGCCGGUCGCCAGCUGCUGCGUCUCGCGAUUAAGCAUAAGCAGUGGUCUCAGAAACAGCCCGACCCGCAGCGAAAGAAGGGCGUGGGUAUGAUCACUGAGCUGGAGCUACUCGCGGGGACAUCAGACUCGUCAUUCGGCAUUGGCGACAACAGGGUCAACUAUUUGACGGGUGAAAAGAAAGCACCGGUUGAAGACGGCGGAGUGGGGUGGGAGAACAACCAGCAGCUGCAGAAGAUUCGUGAAUGGCAGUCCUCACUGGAUCAGCAGUUGUGGGAGAUCAAGCGGACGCAGGAAAAGUAUCGAUAGGUAUGAUGCUGAAGUAAAGCAGCCACGCGUCCUUACCCUAAAUCCAGUUACAAUGAGCCUCUGUCUUGAGGCCUUGACACUUUCGACGCAUAAGAACAAUGAUGCUUACAAUUUUGUGAAACGAAUUGAAAUACACUUCGCCAUAAGUUAGUCAAAGUGAACCGAAAACUUACGAGUUAGAGUGCUCGUACUUGUGCUUCGGGUAGCUGAAAACUGUAAAAACCGAACACGUAAGUUGUCGGACAGCAUGCUAAUACAAGUUAAAACCCUGU